AUGGCAACGCAUGGACGUGAAGCACCAAGGAUUAUUAGCAGAAAGCGCACCAAACGGCUUGGUCCCAACUGGUGUGGACAAGAUGAUCAGCUGUGGGAGUCAAGAGAAGAAAAAAGAUUGGCAAGUGAACAGUUAGAGUCAUUGGAGAAGAGCUUUCAAGAAGAGAUUAAGUUGGAUCCUGACAGGAAAAUGAAGCUGUCUCGUGAACUAGGGCUCCAGCCCAGACAGAUUGCUGUUUGGUUCCAGAAUAGACGUGCUAGAUGGAAGGCUAAACAGCUUGAGUGCUUAUAUGAUAACCUUAAGAAGGAGUUUGAUUCUGUGUCUAAAGAGAAACAGAAGCUUCAAGAAGAGGUAAUGAAACUGAAAGCUGUGGUGAGAGAACAAGCCACGAGGAAGCAAGUUUCAACAACAGAGUACACAGAGAUAUCAGGUGAAGAGACAGUAGUAAGCACAUCAGUUGCUGCCGCAAGUCGCAAGGCACGAGGAAACAGUCACCACCAGAUCAAUGCAGACCACCACAACUAUCUUCUUAACGUGGAUGAAUACAACCCAGCUUCAUCUCCCUACUGGCCUCUUUUGCCAUCUUAUCCUUAA